GGCGGCGGGCCGCUGCGCGCGCCGCUCACCUGCGCACACCUGGGCUCACCUGGGCGUGCGCGGCCUCCGGCCCCUGUGCCCAGCUCUGCGCCCCGCCCGCCUACCAGUGCCUGGCCGCGCAGGCGCACGGCUCCUCGCCCGGCAGCUCUCCAGGGGCUCAGUGCUGUCAUGGCGGCAGAGAGCAGCCGCGUUUGCAGCCGAGGCAGGAAGAGAUGGGGCUAAUUGAGACCGCAGGGUGAGGCAGCGGCGGCUGAAACUUUCAGCUCCUUCCCGCUCCGCGAGCGGCGGGUGCUUCUCCGCCAGGGGGGUUAGCGGCGCAAGGGCUCGCGAGUGGGGCAGCAGAGCAGAGCAGCCCGCUCCCCGCCCCUCAGCCGGGCAUUAACCCCCCCCCCCCUCCGCGGCGCACGAGACGCGAGGAGGAGUAUUGGGGUCUUUCAAACGACUGGACGUGUUGCCUUUCGGGGCUUUACGUACCUGCCUCGGGGCAGUGGGGCAGCUGACCCAACCCUGCUGUUGAGGAAAAGCCAAGUUUGGGCGAGCGUUCUCCACACACCCUGUACUUGGGGUGUUUCGCAAGUUGGACCUGAAGAGAGAGUGAGCAAGAGACCCUUUCCCUGCCACUGAAAUCACUCCUCAUUGGCUGUGGCGGCUGUGCCUCUGGCAUCUCAGCUAGUGAUAAUUUGAAUUUAGCUAGCUAUGGCUAGUGAAGACAAACAGGUUCUUCAGCCAACAGGUGAUGGUGGAGGAGGAGGGAAAGGAGGAAGUGCUGCUGAAGUGGGGAGUACGCUGCAGCCCUUGAACCCAGGAAUCCCUAUCCGAGGCAUCAGGAUGAAAUUUGCAGUGCUGACGGGACUGGUGGAAGUUGGCGAAGUAUCCAACAGGGAUAUUGUAGAAACUGUAUUUAACCUGCUUGUUGGGGGACAUUUUGAUCUGGAAAUGAACUUUAUUAUCCAAGAAGGAGAGAGUAUCAUCUGCAUGGUAGACUUGCUGGAUAAAUGUGACAUCACUUGCCAGGCUGAGGUAUGGAGCAUGUUUACAGCAAUCCUGAAGAAGAGUAUACGGAAUCUACAAGUCUGCACAGAAGUGGGGCUUGUUGAACAAGUGCUACAGAGAAUUGAUAAAGCUGACAAUAUGAUUGCAGAUCUCUUAGUUGAUAUGUUGGGAGUGCUGGCUAGCUAUAAUUUGACGGUCCGGGAGCUAAAAUUGUUCUUCAGCAAACUCCAAGGAGAAAAAGGAAAAUGGCCACCACAUGCUGGAAAAUUAUUGUCUGUGUUAAAACACAUGCCUCAUAAAUAUGGUCCUGAUGCCUUCUUCAACUUUCCAGGAAAAAGUGCUGCAGCUAUUGCCUUACCUCCUAUAGCCAAGUGGCCCUACCAGAAUGGAUUUACCUUUCACACUUGGUUAAGAAUGGAUCCUGUAAAUAAUAUCAAUGUGGAUAAGGAUAAGCCUUACUUAUAUUGUUUUCGAACAAACAAAGGACUUGGUUAUUCUGCUCACUUUGUUGGAGGCUGUUUGAUUGUGACAUCAAUAAAGUCAAAGGGAAAAGGAUUCCAGCACUGUGUGAAAUUUGAUUUCAAGCCACAGAAGUGGUAUAUGGUUACUAUAGUGCAUAUCUAUAACCGCUGGAAGAAUAGUGAACUUCGGUGCUAUGUGAAUGGGGAACUAGCAUCGUAUGGAGAGAUAACGUGGUUUGUCAAUACCAGUGAUACGUUUGAUAAAUGUUUCCUGGGUUCUUCAGAAACAGCAGAUGCUAAUCGAGUGUUUUGUGGGCAGAUGACAGCUGUUUACCUUUUUAGUGACGCUCUCAAUGCUGCUCAGAUUUUUGCCAUUUAUCAGCUUGGCCUGGGAUACAAGGGAACGUUUAAAUUCAAGACAGAAAGUGAUCUCUUCCUUGCUGAGCAUCACAAACUGUUACUGUAUGAUGGCAAAUUGUCCAGUGCUAUUGCUUUCACGUACAAUCCAAGGGCUACUGAUGCACAGCUCUGUCUAGAAUCGUCCCCCAAGGAUAACCCUUCUAUCUUUGUUCAUUCACCACAUGCUCUCAUGCUUCAGGAUGUGAAAGCAGUCCUAACACAUUCUAUCCAAAGUGCUAUGCAUUCAAUUGGAGGAGUGCAGGUACUUUUCCCUCUGUUUGCACAGUUAGACCAUAGGCAAUAUUCUUUGGACCAAGUUGACACAACUGUUUGUUCUACUUUGCUGGCUUUCAUCAUGGAGUUGCUGAAGAACUCCAUUGCUAUGCAAGAGCAGAUGCUUUCCUGUAAGGGCUUCCUUGUGAUAGGACAUUGUCUUGAAAAGUCUUCCAAAGUCCAUGUUACCAGAGUUGUGCUAGAACUAUGCCUUGCAUUUGCUAAAUACCUGAGUAAUUUGCACAAUGGGAUUCCCUUGCUUAAACAGCUGUGUGAUCACAUUCUCCUUAACCCUGCAAUAUGGAUUCAUACACCAGCAAAGGUUCAGCUGAUCCUGUACACUUACCUGUCUACUGAGUUCAUUGGCACUGUUAACAUAUACAAUGCAGUUCGGCGUGUUGGGACAGUUCUUCUGGUAAUGCACUCCUUAAAAUAUUACUACUGGGCCGUGAACCCUCAAGAUCGCAGUGGUAUUACUCCAAAAGGUGUAGAUGGACCACGCCCUAAUCAGAAGGAGAUUUUAUCUCUGCGAGCAUUCUUACUGAUGUUCAUUAAACAACUAGUGAUGAAGGAUUAUGGAGUGAAAGAAGAUGAAUUGCAGGCUAUCCUCAAUUAUCUGCUCACAAUUCAUGAGGAUGACAAUCUAAUGGAUGUCUUGCAGUUGCUUGUUGCUCUGACAUCAGAGCAUCCCAGUUCUAUGAUUCCUGCUUUUGAUCAGAGGAAUGGAUUACGGGUUGUCUACAAACUUCUAGCAUCAAAAAGUGAAGGGAUCAGGGUACAAGCUCUAAAAGUGAUGGGCUACUUCUUAAAACAUCUAGCACCUAAGAGAAAAGCUGAAGUCAUGCUUGGACAUGGAUUAUUCUCUUUGCUGGCUGAAAGGCUGAUGCUUCAUACAGGCUUAAUCACCAUGACCACGUACAAUGUCCUGUUUGAGAUUCUUAUUGAACAAAUUUGCACUCAAGUAAUACAUAAACAGCAUCCUGACCCAGAUUCAACAGUGAAGAUACAAAAUCCUCAGGUAUUGAAAGUAAUUGCGACCCUACUACGUAACUCUCCCCAGUGCCCGGAAGCUCUGGAGGUUCGUCGAGCUUUUCUCUCAGACAUGAUUAAACUUUUUAAUAACAGCAGAGAAAAUAGGAGGAGCUUGUUGCAGUGCUCAGUGUGGCAGGAGUGGAUGCUUUCUCUUUGCUAUUUCAACCCCAAGAACUCUGAAGAGCAGAAGAUAACUGAAAUGGUGUAUGCCAUUUUUAGAAUCUUGCUUUAUCAUGCAGUCAAAUAUGAGUGGGGUGGCUGGCGAGUUUGGGUGGAUACACUGUCAAUCACACAUUCAAAGGUAACGUUUGAAAUGCAUAAAGAGAGCCUUUCCCAAAUGUACCGGGAUUACCAAAGGAAAGGCGGUGAAGGAAGUGGAACAGUUCCUUCCACCCCUGUUAGAACUAUCUCAGGAGUUAGCAGAGAAGCUGAAUUCGCAAGGAGGCAACAGCAGGUGGAGGUGAAAGAAGCUGCUGCUUCUGCAUCUGUUGGGGCUGAUAGCGUGGAGCACAGCGCUCAGAAAAAUGUGAUAAAAGCCUCAUCUGAAAGUGAGCUACAAAGUCAUUCACCAUCUAAUGAAGGGAAGAAAUCUGAGGGAGAAAAUGGUCAGAGAUCACCUGACUUAAACAGAGCAGCUUGCUUAGAAUUUCCUUCACAGACAGAAGCAGUAAAACCAGGGGAUUCAGAAAUCACUUCUGGAAUUGCUGAAGCAAUUGCAGAUUCUCUGAGUAAAGAACUUGUGGAAGAAACAGCAGCUACUGAUGGGGCUUCUCUAACUGCACAAACGGUUUUAGAAGGGGAGACACCUGAAAGCCCAGAAAUGCUGGAAGAAUUUUCACCAGAGGUGGAAGAUGACUUUGUUGAUUUAAAAGAGGAAAGCAAUCUGCCUUUACCUUCAGAAGAGUUGGUACUAAAACCCAGUGAAGAGAAUAGCUCACCUGAAAGUGAAAGCCAAAUAACAAUAGCAAUGAAAGAGGAAACUGUUGUUGAGGAACCUGAGUCAGUACUUUUAGAAUCCAAAAGUGCUGAAAUCUUGAAUGAGACAAGAGAAGAAUUGGCUUCCUUAUCAGAAACAGUGACCGCUGAAGUCCAAGAGGAGACAAGUCAACUAAAUUCAGAAGUGAGUGAGAAGUUAGAGGAAUUAAAAACUGAUGUCAGUGAAACCAAAGCAACUGGAGAAGAUGCAAACACACAUACUUCAGAAGCUUCUGUGGCCUCAGAGAAAAGAAUUGCCAAGCUUGAUGUUUCCAGUGUUGCAUCAGACACACAGAGACUGGAACUAAAACCCAGCACAAGCCUGGAAGCAACUCAGCCUCUUAGACCCCUACCUGAGAUAUCAAGGCAGGAAGAUUCAUCAGGACAAGACAUGGCUGCUGCAUCUGAUGGGCAGAGAAGAGAUUCCAGGUCGACUAUGUUUCGUAUUCCUGAAUUUAAGUGGUCCCAGAUGCAUCAACGUUUGCUCACAGAUUUACUCUUUUCAAUAGAAACAGAUAUACAGAUGUGGAGAAGCCAUUCUACAAAGACUGUGAUGGACUUUGUGAACAGCAGUGACAAUGUCAUCUUUGUACACAACACAAUUCACCUCAUCUCUCAAGUUAUGGACAACAUGAUCAUGGCUUGCGGUGGUAUAUUGCCAUUGCUUUCUGCUGCUACAUCUGCUACACAUGAAUUAGAGAAUAUAGAACCAACUCAAGGACUUUCAAUAGAAGCUUCGGUAACAUUUCUUCAGAGAUUAAUCAGCCUUGUGGAUGUGUUAAUUUUUGCAAGCUCUCUUGGCUUCACUGAAAUUGAGUCUGAGAAAAAUAUGUCAUCUGGAGGAAUUCUGAGACAAUGCCUUCGACUGGUGUGUUCAGUGGCAGUAAGAAAUUGUUUGGAGUGCCAGCAGCAUGCACAAAUGAAACCUAUUGGAGAAACUGUAAGGAGUCAGAAAACAAUGCAGAGCCUAAUAGGAACAGGGAAGUCUGCAGCAAAGAGUCCAGUUGACAUUGUGACUGGUGGAAUUUCUCCAAUACGAGACCUUGACAGACUUCUGCAGGAUAUGGAUAUUAACCGGCUUCGAGCAGUAGUGUUCAGAGAUAUAGAGGAUAGUAAACAGGCUCAGUUCUUGGCCUUGGCUGUAGUAUAUUUUAUCUCAGUCCUUAUGGUGUCAAAAUACAGAGACAUACUGGAACCCCAGAAUGAACGGAGGCGACCUCAUCAUAGCCAGUCAUUCAAGGGAACAGAGAAUGGAAGUAGUGAGGCAACAUCUACAGAUGUAGAAAACCCAUCUGCUACUACUGGUGCUUCAACUCCAGUAUCAACAGAAGAUUCUGAAAGUUCAGCACCUGUACGAAGAAGAGACUCAGGCAUUGGAGAGGAAUCAACUUCAGGUCAAGCAAACAAUUCAGAUGCUGUUGCUGAAGCAGGACCUCAGAGUGCCAUUUCAGGUCCAGAUGCUAUCAGUGAAGUAUUAUGCACACUUUCUUUAGAAGUCAGUAAACCUCAGGAAAACAGGAGUGAGGCAGGAAAUGAGUUGACUGAGAAGACUGUAUCUUCUGUACCAUCUGCAAAAAAUGUCAACGUAAAGGACAUUCUCAGAAGCUUAGUUAGCACCCCAGCAGAUAGUGCCACAGUGGAUCCUACCCUUCUGCCACCAACCUUCCUUGGAACUCUUGGUGAUACUGCUGCUGAGCAGCAUGUGCAAUUCCGUUCCUUUGACAGGAGUGUCGUCGUAGCUCCAAAGAAAUCAACAAUUUCCCCUUCUACAGCUACCAUGAGUGUACCCACAAAUGCUGUCAGCGUGGUUUCUUCAUUAGAUUCAGCGCAGGCCCCAGACCUGACAGGAGAAUCUCCUGGCAGUGGAUCAUCUAAUUCAAAAUUGCCACCUGUGCCUACAGUUUCUUCUGUGCCAGAGGAUUCUGCUUCAAAUAUGAGCAUUACAGAGAGGCUUGAACAUGCUUUGGAAAAGGCUGCCCCUCUUCUGAGAGAGAUUUUUGUGGAUUUUGCUCCCUUUCUUUCUCGCACUCUUUUGGGUAGCCAUGGGCAGGAGCUGCUGAUAGAAGGUACAAGUCUGGUCUGCAUGAAAUCUAGUAGUUCAGUGGUGGAGUUGGUCAUGUUACUUUGCUCUCAGGAGUGGCAGAACUCAAUACAGAAGAAUGCAGGCCUAGCAUUUAUUGAACUUGUCAACGAAGGAAGAUUGCUGAGCCAAACGAUGAAGGAUCAUUUAGUGAGAGUGGCAAAUGAAGCAGAAUUUAUCCUGAGUAGACAGAGAGCAGAGGAUAUUCACAGACAUGCUGAAUUUGAGUCGCUGUGUGCCCAGUAUUCUGCAGAUAAACGAGAGGAUGAAAAGAUGUGUGAUCAUUUGAUAAGAGCAGCCAAGUUCCGAGAUCAUGUGACUGCAUCCCAACUAAUACAGAAAAUUAUCAACAUUCUGACAGACAAGCAUGGAGCCUGGGGAAAUUCUGCAUCAAGUCGUCCUCGUGAGUUCUGGCGCCUUGACUACUGGGAAGAUGACUUGCGGCGCCGGCGACGAUUUGUGCGAAACCCCCUUGGAUCGACACAUCCUGAAGCGACACUAAAAGCAGCUGUAGAACAUGGUCAGUGUAAAAACUGCUUCUUGCCAGUAGUAGCAGCUCCAGACGAAGACGUGCUUCUUAAAGGAAAGCAGUCCAUCAAGAGUCAGGUUUUAGGAAAUCAGAACUCGGAGAGUGAGAUUCUCUUGGAAGGCGACGAUGAUACCUUGUCAUCCAUUGAGGAGAAAGAUUUGGAGAACUUAAUUGGUCCAGUUAGCCUGUGCACACCAGCACAGCUUGUGGCCCCCUCUGUAAUAGUGAAGGGCACUCUUUCCAUCACCUCUUCUGAACUCUGCUUUGAGGUAGAUGAAGAAGAUCCCAGUUUUAAGAAAAUCGACCCCAAGAUUCUGGCUUAUACAGAGGGACUCCAUGGAAAAUGGCUGUUCACAGAGAUUCGGUCAAUUUUUUCCCGACGCUAUCUCCUGCAAAAUACAGCAUUAGAGAUCUUCAUGGCAAACAGAGUUGCUAUCAUGUUCAACUUCCCAGACCCAGCAACAGUAAAAAAAGUGGUUAAUUGUCUACCACGUGUUGGCAUUGGCACUAGCUUUGGGCUACCACAGACCAGACGCAUUUCUUUGGCCAGUCCACGCCAGAUUUUCAAAGCUUCCAAUAUGACCCAGCGGUGGCAGCACAGAGAAAUUUCAAACUUUGAAUAUCUGAUGUUUCUAAACACCAUAGCAGGACGUACUUACAAUGACUUAAAUCAGUAUCCCGUAUUCCCCUGGGUUAUCACUAACUAUGAAUCAGAGGAGUUGGACCUUACGCUUCCUAGCAACUUCAGGGAUUUGUCAAAGGUAUUUGUCAUCAGAGAUAUGUUUUCAGUAACUGUCACACUAGCUUAAAUUUUUUGUACAUAUCUUUUUCCAUGUUUGUGAGAUAUAUUAGU